AUGCCAGAUACUAUUGAGAUCCCGGUUAACGAUGACCUUCGUUUGACUCAGAAAAAUUCCUAUUCCAAGAGAAUGUAUGAUGCUGUUGUUAAUGGUGGUAAUUCUAUUGGUAAUAUUCAAAAAAUUAAACAAAAGUCUAAAAACGUGAUGGCGAACAACAAUCCAAGCAAUAUUCCUUCAACUAUAUUAAAAUCGGGUUAUACCAAAUUAAAUAAUUAUUAUAGUAGUGGAAGUGAACGUGGUAAAAAAAUGCUAUCUAGAUUUAAUAGUAAUAAUUCAACAAAUAAAAACACAUACGCAUAUGAUAGUGAUGGUGAUGAAAAUAUUAAUGAAAAUGAAAAGAAUUUGUAUAAUAGCUUUCGUAACGAAGAAUCUGCAAAAUCAAGAUUUAUUUUAAUGAAUAGAGAGUCUCAAGAUACUUUAGUAGGUAUGGAUACUGAUUCAGAUUCAUUGUUUUCAGGGUCGGCUAGUACUUUGUUUUCUAAUAAUAACUUGAAAGAUAAUAAAUUAGCUAAAGAAGUUUUAGUUAGAAACGCAAGAAUCUCUCCUAUUCAAAAUACAUCAUCUUCAGUCACUUUAGUUGAAGAAAAUGCACACUUUGAACAAGAAGAAUGUUUACGGAAAUUAAGAGUGAUAUUGAAAAAAGAAGAAUUAACUUCAACAGAUAUCAGAAAUUAUAAUAUUGCAUUUAAUCACGAUGUUGCUUUUGAUUUAGGCAAAGAGAGACAUCUGCAUUAUUAUGAAUUACCAUUCCCAUGGAGAGAAAAUAAAUAUAUCAUUCAUGGUUACAGAUUUCAUGAUAAAUUUUAUCAAUUAAUCUUGUCUGUAUUCAAUUGGUAUGGUGUCCAUAAUGAAACUACAAAUAUUUGGACUCAUAUGCUAGCUGCUUUUUAUCUGAUAUAUUUAUUAACCGUUGAUUUUCAAAAAACUUUUAUUGUGUUAGAUACCGAACAUGUCCCAGCUACUACUAAAUAUAUUAUUUAUAUGUUCUUAGGAGCUGGGAUUAAAUGUAUGUUUGCAUCAGUUUUCUGGCAUACAUUCAAUGGUACAACAUCGAUAAGAUUACGUCCAAAGUUUUGUUGUGUUGAUUAUACUGGUAUCACACUUCUAAUUUCAGCAUCGAUUAUGUCAGCGGAAUAUAUUACUUUAUAUGAUUAUCCAAAAGCGAUGAGCUUUUACAUGAUACUAUCUGGUAUAUUUGCUGUAUUCGGAUUAUACUUGAAUUGGUCUCCGAAAUUUGACUCACCAGAAGCAAGACCAUUACGUAUUAAGUUUUUCGUUUUAUUAGCUGCUGUUGGUGGUUUGUCCUUUGUAAAUCUAGUUUGUUUAGAAGGUUUAAGCCGUGCCAUUUGGUUGUUCUCGCCAGUUACCAAUAAAUCUGUAAUUUACUACAUUAUCGGGGUAUUCUUUUACGGUUCAUUCAUUCCAGAAAGAUUUAGAUCCGAUUAUUUAAUUGACGAGAAGAUCCCUACAACUAAAGAACUAUCAUCGGAUGUUCAUGUCAUCACUACCGAAAGAGAUCUUCACUUUAGAAAAAAUCCAACAAGCACAUGUCAUUGCAUUGAUCAUCGUGUCAGCUUUAGAUCCUUAUGGUGGGUAGAUUACUACUGUAACUCCCAUAGCAUUUGGCAUAUUUUUGUUUUCCUUGGUGUUGUAGGUCAUUACAAUGCUAUUUUAGAUAUGGCAACAAAAAAAUGGUUAUUACCAUAA